CCCUGCUCUCAGACAGCCGGCGGUAAGAAACCACCGGUACACCUGAAGGACAGGUACACCACCGGCUGCUGAACACCUGUCAGGGUGCAGCGUUCAACCAACCUGGCUGUCUUAUGGUGAAUCGACUUAUUCAGGAUGAAUUGCGAGCUUUUGGCAACGUGCAGUGCUCUCGGCUAUCUGGAGGGAGAGACCUAUCACAAGGAAGCUGAUUGCUUAGAGAGUGUAAAAGACUUGAUCAGGUAUUUACGCCAUGAAGAUGACCGUGAUGUCCGCCAGCAGCUGGGUGCAGGCCAGAUUGUACAGAAUGACCUUCUUCCUAUUAUCAUUCAGCAUGGACAGGACAAGGCCUUAUUUGAUGCCUGCAUCAGGCUCAUGGUCAACCUUACUCAGCCUGCCAUGCUUUGCUUUGGUAAAGUCCCUGAUGACCCAGUGUUUAGACAUCACUUUUUGCAAGUGACAUCUCAUUUACAAGCUUGUAAAGAGGCAUUUGCCAGUGAAGCAGUCUUUGGCAUUUUAAGUGAGACAUUAUACACGCUUCUACAACUGGACUGGGAGCAGAGACAGGAGGAGGAUAAUCUGCUCAUAGAGAGGAUCCUGCUGCUGGUCAGAAAUGUGCUUCAUGUACCUGCAGACCCCUGUGAAGAGAAGAAAGUGGAUGAUGAUGCCAGCAUCCAUGAUAGGCUGCUGUGGGCCAUUCACAUGAGUGGCUUCGAUGACCUGAUCAAGUUUCUUGCGUCGGCCCAGAGUGAACAGCAAUGGAGUAUGCAUGUGUUGGAAAUAAUCUCCCUCAUGUUCAGAGACCAGACGCCGGAAGCUUUGGUGAGCGCCGGUCAGGCUCGUUCAGCUGAAGAGAAGCACAAAGACUCUCAGGAGCUGGAGGCACUGAGGCAGAAGGAGCACGCAGCAAAACGCUCCCGCACAUUACAAAGAGGAACCAGGCACUCACGUUUUGGAGGGUCCUUUGUUGUUGAAGGCCUCAAGUCGAUUGGGGAAAGAGACGUGAUUUAUCACAGAAAUGUUCAUAAUUUCAAAAGCUAUACUCAUGACAUUGGUAAAGCGGUGAGACGUGUUCCCAAGAGGAAUCGUCAGGCCCGGGAAUGUAAGGACAAACGUCGCUCAGCAUUAAAUGUUCGUCUCUUCCUGCGAGAGUUUUGUGUGGACUUCUUGGAGAACUGCUACAAUCGCCUCAUGUACCUUGUCAAGGAGAGUCUAAUUCGAGAGCAAACUCAGCAACAUGAUGAGACGUACUACCUUUGGGCGCUCAGCUUUUUCAUGGCUUUCAACCGUGGCAACGGUUUCCGUGCUGACUUAGUUUCUGAGACCAUGUCCAUCCGUGCUUUCCAUUACAUUGAGCGUAACAUCACCAACUACUAUGAAAUGUUGCUAACAGACCGCAAAGAGGCCACGUCCUGGUCACGCAGGAUGCACCUGGCUCUAAAGGCAUAUCAGGAGCUGCUGCUGACUGUAAACGAGAUGGACAGCUCACAGGAUGAAAGCAUCCGUCAGAGUUCUAGUGUUAUUAAAAGCAACAUAUUUUACCUGAUGGAAUACAGGGAGAUUUUCCUGACCCUGCUGAGGAAGUAUGAUGAAACCAGACAGCCUCACUCCUACCUCAAAGACUUGGUGGAGUCAACUCAUCUCUUCUUGCGCAUGUUAGAGCGCUUCUGCAAAGGUCGCAGAAGCUUGAUGGUUCAGAAAAAGAAGGUGAGGCGGAAAAGGUCUCAAGGUAAAAAAAAGACCUCGGCUGCAGAAACCAGUCCAGAGGCCCUGGCAGAGACCUGGAAGAUUGUGGAGGAAGAGUUGAAGGCUUCAGGGUUUCAGUUGUCAGAAUCUUUAACUGAAAGCAUUGUGCCAUUUGAUGCCACAUCUGAAACGCCACUUGAGGAGCAGCGGACUGAGGCCAUGGUGCGGGUUCAGGAUUCCCUGCUGGUUCGACUGGGACCAGAAGCGCUGGGGAUGCUGCGUGCUGCCAGAGAGGUGUGGCCGGAGGGAGAUGUGUUUGGUUCUGCUGAUGUGGAACCUGAGGAGGAACUGGAACUCCUUAAGCAGAUCCUGCAUGCCAACCUGCCAAGGUCAUCUCCUGAGCCUGUAGUUGAGGAGGAGUAUGAUGCAGCAGAGUUAGAAGAGGAAGAGUUGGAGUCUGUCCAGGUUUCUGAAAAAGAGUUCAACUUUCUGGACUUUAUCAUGAGGUUUUCCAACCCCAGUAUUAUACGUCCAUACCUCCUUUUAUUAAAAUCAUACUCAAAAAACACACCUCACACCAACCACUGCAUAGCUCGAAUGCUGCACCGCUUGGCUGUUGAUCUCAAAAUGGACGCCCAGAUUUUCCAGCUGUCGGUAUUCAACCUUUUCAACAAGAUCCUGAGUGACCCCGCUGCAGCUGCUUAUAAGGAACUCGUGACCUUUGCCAAGUUUGUGCUGAACCGUUUCUUUUCGCUGGCAGCAAAAAACAACAAAGCAUAUGUUGAACUGCUGUUCUGGAAAAAUGUGGGAGCUGUACGUGAGAUGACUGAAGGCUACAGCAAAGACGGAGAGGAAACAAAACCAACGUGGACUGAAGAGGAGGAAGAAGAGUUGCGCAACCUUUACGAGGAGCACCGUCAUUCUGAAGUGCCAGAUAUAGUGGAGACUCUGCUGCCAUUACUCAGCAACAGCAACCGCACUCGGCGCCAGGUAGUGACGCAGCUGGUGCAUAUGGGUCUGGUGGGAAAUGCUAAAGCACUAAAGAAACAGAAGAAAGGAACCCAGAUUGUUCUUUGGACUGAGGAGCAGGAGGAGGAGCUGCAGAUGCUCUACGAGGAGUACAAAGACUCUGAUGAUGUGCUGGGCAAUCUCCUGAAGAAGCUCACAGCCAAGCGGUCCCGUGCACGUGUGGUGGACAAGCUGCUCAGUAUGGGCUUGGUGUCUGAAAGACGGGAACUUCAUAAGAAGAGGAGUCGCAGCACUCAUGGGAAGAGCUCUGGAAAACGAAUGACUGAAGAAGAAUUCCUUGAAGAACUAACACAAGGCUUACCAGAUGAUCUUGAUGACAGAGAUGAUGAAGAUAAUGAAGAGGAUGAAUCUGAUGAGAGUGAGGAAGAGGAAGAUGAAGAGCAAGAAAGGCAAACACAAAAUGGAAAAAGGAGGAGCCAGAGCCUGCCCUCUAAAGUGGAGAGGAGACCUGAUGUGGGCCCCAUGGUGUACGCUUUACAGCAGGAAGACUUGUCUGGACCUUUGUUGUGGCUACAAAAUAGUCUCUACAGAACAGCCGAGGACCGAAAAGAAGAUGGUUUGUCCCAGGAUGUGCCACUUGUACCUCUGACGGAGGCAAAUGAAGACGCCAUGGACAACAAGAACUUCCGGAGGCUGUUGCGCAAACUGGGAAUUCGACCACCUGCAAAUGAACAGGAGACUUUUUGGAGGAUCCCAGCAAAGAUCAGCGUAUCCCAGCUCCAGAGUUCAGCUGCAGCUCUUAGUCCAACAGAGAAAGAACCUAAAGGAGGCGAGGAGCAAGACGGCUCCAGGAGUCCAACCGGAGAAUCCCAGGAGGAGGAGGAGGAGGAGGUCUCAGGUGAACAGCGAACUCAGGCUCUGAGAGCUCUGCUGCUCACACGCAAGAGGAAACAGCACACCUCGGAGCAUACAGCUCCUGCAUCAGAUUUCAGUCCUACUGAGGAUACAGAUAAUACACUUGAGAGGUCCCGGGAGAAGACCUCAUCUAAAAGAAGCAGGGUGUUGGACGAUGAUGAGGAGAAUGGGGAUGACUCCGCCAUGGCGAUGGAUAUGGAAACCAACGGUGACGCAGAUUCAGACAGGGAGGAUAUCUCUGCGCCUGUGAAGCGUAGACGGAAAUUGGUCUUAAUUGAUGAGGAGGACGAUGAGGAUUAGUGACUCUCUGUAAUGGACUGUAAAUACUGCAGACAGGGGAGUCACUUUGCUCAGAGGUGGAUACAGCCCUCUGGAAGUCUGUAGUCCAGAGAGCAGAAACUAUUAAUGGAGUACCAAACAACCCCAAAAAACAGUUCCUUAAGAAUUUAAUUUUGUUAUCCCUUUGGCAAGAUGGAUUGGUGCGUAUUUGUAGUUAAGGUAUAUAAGUUCAGUCAGACUUCUUUUUUGUUCAUCGUUUCUUUUCUCUUUGCAUUUUCAGCGUGUACUUCAUACAGAUAUUGCUGUCUGAGAAAGAUUUGCGUCACAGGAUUUCAUCUAUAACUUUGAGCUGAAGGUUAAUUGUCUCAUUAUUUUAGUAACAUUACCUUUUGGAUUUCAGAGUAAAGUUCAUGUGUACUUAUAUAAUAAAAAAAAC